AUGGUCACCCACCUCGCCGCCGUCUCCCUCGCGAAAGGUGAGCCCUUCAAGCUCCAAACCCGCCCCACGCCGAAACCAGGCCCAGGCGAGCUCCUCGUCGAGGUCAAAUCCGUAGCGCUCAACCCGGCAGACUGCCACAUGCGCGAUCAAGGCCUCUUCAUACCCACCUACCCCACGGUCAUCGGGUUCGACAUCUCGGGGCUAGUCCUCGAGGUCGGCGAAAAUGUCCCCGUUGGUGAUACCGACGAAGGCCCGGGCCCCUUUUUCCGACCAGGGAUCACUCGCGUCGCCGCCUACGCCGCCUCCGUCUGGAAGUCCUGCAACCCUGACUACGGCGCCUUUCAGGAGCGGUGCCUUAUCCCCUGGCAGCACGCCGUGCCUCUUCCAGAUGAGGGUAUUUCAUGGAAUCAAGCGGCAACCUUGCCCGUCGCCGUUGAGGUACCCCUUAACGCGUGGGAUAUUAUGGGGAUUCCACGGAUGGGGGAAGCCACUGCGUCUUCUUCCGUCUCCGCUGUCCCAGUCGGCGCCGAUACCAGCGGAGGAACUCAAAAUAAGAAACAAAAGAGAGACGUCCUAUUGAUCUGGGGCGCUUCCUCUAGCGUGGGCACGAUGGGCGUGCAAAGCGCCCGGGUACUGCGGGAAAAUCGCGACUCUUCUUUCGCUGCCGUUUAUGCCACGGCCGGGGCGGCGAAUCAUAAGUACGUCGGCUCCCUGGGCGCAGAUCGCGUCUUCGAUUACAACGAGCCGCAGGUUGUAGAUGCAAUUGUUUCGGCGGCCAGAGAGGACGGCCUAGUCAUUCGGCACUGCUUUCUUGCCACGGGGAAGCUGGCGCCGUGUCAGGCUGUGCUUAAGGCUUUCUUGGGGGAUGAUCAAGGGGGAGAGAAGCAGAAGGCGAAGAUCGGGUCGGCGCCGGUUAUUCCCCCAGAUGCGGAGGAGGUGAACGGAGUGGAAACCAUCUUUGUGCUGCCGUCGAUGGACGAAAGGGACGCAGGGGAGAGGUUGGCUCAGUUCCGAUAUUGGUUGGGGACGUGGCUCAGGGAAAACCUUGCGAAUGGGGCCAUCAGGCCGAGUCCGGAGCCGAGAGUCGUGGGAAAGGGCUUAGAAGCUAUUAAUGCUGGGUUAGAUCUGCUAUUCCGCGGGGUGAGUUGUUCGAAGUUGGUUGUUGAGAUUGCGGAGUGA